AAGGGCCUUCCCUCCGCAGCGAGCGGAACUCGCUCCAACUCUCCACUUCAUUCCCGAUCCAUCAUAUUUCACAUUCAUGGGGACUUUGUAAUCGUCGGUGCGGGGCAGGAGCGAAAAGUAACCCGGAAAUAAAACCCGGAUUUUAACCCGGCGCGAUUUAUAAUGCCCCCGGGAGGGAUGGGGGGAUCAUUUCAAUGUGAAUAAGGUUUAAGACGUAUUUAAAGAAUAUGUAAUUUCGGUCGAGCGGUAGAGUCGGGAGUGAAGUUCCGGGGGAAGAGAAUCAGUGUGGGACCGUCUCUAAGGAGCAGGGAGAAGGUAGAGCUGACUCUAACUCCUUAUAAUGUUACUGUGAGAUUAAACAACUCCAGGAUUUGUGUCCAGCUUCCAUCAAGUCUGAUUCUGUAACCAAUUCGAGGAAUACAUCAGCAAAGGACACAAAUACCAGAACCCACUGCCAUCUGUGAAACUUUAGUCCAAAUGUCUCCUAACAUGGAAGGAAAGAUGUUGGAAGAUGGCAAAAUGGUCAGUGGUGUUAAGGAUAUUGGAGAGAACAUGAAAAAGAACAGCAGAUUUCACUUGAGAUGUUGCAGCCAGUUUGAAGGGGCCUGAGGCAGCUGACAGUACAGAAGAAUGAGCCUUUACUUCUGCUUUUUAUGCUUCUACGAAAAACACAUCAGUUAAUUGAGUGUCACUGAACCUAGAAAUUCAUAACGGGCACAUGUCCAAAGCAAAUCUGUAGCUAACCCAGUACACUGCAGUUUUGACUCCUCUUUAUGUUAAUUCGCAAGUUUCUUGGGCUUUCCCCAUACAAAUUUUUGUUUGAUCAGCAGUAAAGGUGAGGUGAAAAUGAUGAAGUACUGGGGUGAGAUUCCCGUGUCCUCUGCUCAGCCCAGUCGGAGCUCAUUUGAUCUGUUGCAGCGGGAGUUCCGGACGGUGGAAAUUCAAGACCCUCCGUUGCACCAACCGUCAGCUGAUCGUCCCCGGCCGACGACCAUGCUAGACGUGCCGUCUGAGCCCUGCGGCCUGACCGUCCACACCAUCCAGCUACUGCAGUAUAACCGCCGGCUACGGAGUCUUGUUGCUGCAGCACAGGCACAGGGCCAGCCACAGCUGGAGGGCGUGAAGGCCGAGGAGGCUGAGGCCCUGCCGCCUGCACCUGACUCACCGCCCAUCCCAGAUGAGCUACUGCCGCUGGAUAGCAAAAGCCCAAAGCUGCCUUUCCAAUUGAGGCACAGUGACCCAGAGAGCGACUUCUACAGAGGAAAAGGUGAACCUGUGACAGAGCUCAGUUGGACAUCUUGUCGGCAGUUGCUUUACCAGUCAGUUGCCACCAUUCUGGCUCACGCGGGCUUCGAAUCUGCCUACGAGGGCGUUUUGGAAACGCUGACGGAUAUUGCCAGUGACUACUACUUCAAAUUUACACGACUUCUGCGUUUUGCCACGGAUCGAGAAGCACGGGUCGGCCAGACCCCAUUCCAGGAUGCGAUGGAGCAGGUCUUCCACGAGAUGGGAAUCGGCAGCGUGCUCUCCUUGCAAAGGUUCUGGCAACAUCGUAUUAAGGAUUAUCAUAGCUACACUCUCCAGGUGAGCAAGCAACUGGCUGAAGAGUAUGAGAAACUGGUUAGUCCUGAGAAGAUCUCCACUGAGGACACUAAACCAUUGAAAAUAAAGGAUGAGCCCAUUAGUGAUAUUGCUUUCCCAGUCAAUGAAGAGAAUGAGUCUGAUCUGUCUGCAGGUGAGCAGGCCCUACAACUUGGAGUCCUGGCACAGGCUCAUGAACGUUUUGCUGCUGCCCUGGAGGUUGAUGCAUCCCCACAGACAUCAGGGCCUGAGGUAAGCAGCUCUCCAUUGUGGAACCUGACUCAAGUUAAAAUGGAGCCUCAGGAGAAUGAAGAAGGCAAUGGACCUCCUCAUGGUGUUUUGGGCAAUGAUGUUUUUGAAGAGCCAAUGUCUGCCAUGAGUGACUCUGGUAUCCCGCAAACCCCUAACACUGCUGGUUCUGAUGGCAGCUACAUGUCCCACUCACCUGACAGCCUGAUCGCCUCUUCUCCUGUUUUCAAUCAGCGACCAAAGAAAAAGAUGAGAAAGAUGUGAAUACGCACUGGGCAUGAAAAUGUCUCUUUAUUUUUCUCUCUACUUUUACUUUUCAGGUGCUUAUUUGAAACAGUUCUUUUCCAUAAUAAUGACUGCUAAAUUGAAAUAUUUUUCGAACCAAAACAGGAAUUGAAUUCAGAAUCAUUAUUGAGUUUACUGUCAGUGGGACAAGAACAAAACAAUAAUAAAAACUGCUUCAAGCAGCCUGAAGUUCCUUCCGGUUAAUUCUAAUGGUGCUGAAGAGGAAAAUUGGGGAAAAUAAUCUGGACUUUUGAGGAUCUGUAUGGAUGCAAUGCUACAUUUCCACUCAUGAAAUGUGAGUUGGUUUCAAGUGAAGAAGAGUUCUUAUUCGGAGAGAAUUUUUGUUUCUAUGCCGUUAAUACAAACUGUUCACUUAUUGUAUUGCUUGUUAUGUAACCAACAUGACAGCCAUUAUGGAUAAUCAGAUGUAGCUAAUUUGCCUAAAUCAUAGAAACAUGGGAUCCCUACAUUGUGGAAACAGGUCAUUCAGUUCAUCAAGUUCACACUGACCCUCUGAAGAGCAUCCAACCCAGACUCACCCCCUUUCCUCUCACUAUAACCUUACAUUUUCCAUUGUUAAUCCAUCUCGCCUACGUAUCCCUGGACUCAUUGGGCAAUUUAGCAUGGCCAAUUCACCUAACCUGUACAUCUUUGAAUGAAAUCAGCAUGCUUACUAAGUAAGAAGGAAUUCAUCGUUAUUUUAAUCCACCUGUUUGGACAUACGGUGACACACUUCUGGGAACUUUGACCUGGAUCAUCUUGCUGAAAGGUAGAGACAAUACCAUAAUGCCAUAUAGUGACAGCUAUAGAAUUAUAGAAUCAUAGAAUCCUGAUUGAAACUUAAUAUUAACAUUUAAUUAAUAAAUCUAGAAUAAAAAUCUAGUCUCUAUAAUUGCGAAUAUGACAACUGUCAUGAAUUGUUGUAAACGUCCAUCAGUUUCUUCUGUAUCUUUUGAGGAAGGAAAUCUGCCAUCCUUACCUGAUUUGGCAUCUGUGUAACGUAGGUGACUCUUAACUAUUCCUUAAAAUGCUAAGUUAUCCACUACAUUUAAAAGGUCAUUAGGGAUGGCCAAAGAAUUCUGACCUUGCCAAUGACAGUCCUGUCCCAUCAAAGAAUCAAAACAAUCUUUCAACGACAGAAAUUAAACCUCGACUCUUUCUCCAUUCCUGACUGGGUAACUGUGCUUUAUAAAACCAAGGUGCUAACUUCCUCACUUGGAAAUAACACCAGCUUUGUACAAAUGAAACCCAAGUUUGGUGUUUAAUCCCCAAGAAUCUAACAAUUCUGGCAUAAAAUCUGCUAAAGUAUCUUGUGUGUCUGAAACCUUGCAGAGUGACAUUCCUUCAGAGUUAACGAGAGGAGGUGGUGUGAAAGAAGAAAUUGAGUGAUGCAAGAAGAACUAGUUUAGUUGAAUUUCCAACCAGUGAGUGCUGACAUUGUAGCAGUCUGCACACAACUUGCGCUGGCUUCAUAAUGGACAGCUUUUUCCUUCUUGCUGGUUUUUCAUCUCCCCUGUGCAAUCAUUGAGUUAAGAGGCAGUGUAAUUGUAUGAAUCCAAGCUGUUAGCACUCCACUCAGAUUGAAUGUUCAUUCCUCAUAUAUUUCUGACUAUGAACUUCAGACUCCCUCCUAAAUGCACAACAUGGAUAAAACCCCCUUAAGGUAGAACUGGAGCAUUGAGACUUUGUGGGUAUUUCUUUUCCUGUCUGGGUCUUCCUCUGAAUAUUUGGGCAUCUCAGCCACAUGUUCACAAUUUAAACAAACUAUUCAUAGGCACUUUUUUUUUAUUAAUAUCAAAUUAAUUUAGGAGCUUGUUCACCUAAGACAAGACAUUUCAUGAGAAAAAACAUAACCAUUUUGAUUUGUUAUCUGAAAAUGUGUUUUUCGGCAUGACCAAUGUGCAGAGCAGGUAUUUUCUAACCAUGUUUAUUAUUCAAUUAUUACUUGCACUGGCAACUCUCUAUUUUACUGUGACACAAAAUAUUAAACAUACUAGCAAUUAAAGAAUAGCUUAGAACUUGUUUGUGGUGUUUCCAGAACAGUUGGUUUCUGUGGUAAACUCACGCAGUUCAGAGAACCAAAUAAAAACCUGUUUUAUGAAAUUAAAUGUUGUAGCCUUUGACAAUCUGGAAAGCUGUCUGGGCUUGGACCAUGGGAAUUCAGAAGUGUCCUGGGAACACACAGUGAGUUCAUAGAACUGUCUUCAAACGUUAUAGGAAAGGGUCUGCUCCCUGAAAUGUCUACUUACUGUCAACUUUGCUGAACAUUUCAGGCAUUCUUAUUUGUUUGUUCUCUUCAAAGAACUGUUUGUUUCUAUUAUUUGAAACUAAGCCAACCACUGGUGUCUACCAAUCAUUUAUGAAGUGCAGUGCUCAUGUGGAGGAAGGUUAAGAUAAUAAAAGUCGUCUUUCAAGUUCCUCAGUAAAGCAGCCAGACUCAAUAAGAUAGGCUGGUGCUCUCUUUUAUUCUCUCAGUGAACAAUAUGAGGCAUUUUGAAUUUACCUUUUUCAAACCCUGCAGGCAAAUAUUUUGUGAAGCUACCAUUUUUACAUGCUAUUGGUUGGGCAUGUGCAUUACAUCCAUCAACAAAUGUUGACAUAUUUAUUUCCAUAAGUGCUUAGGCAUUGUAUUAGGCACAUCCAGGUUCAAUAAUCAACUGAUCUAAAUAUUAGAAGCUUUAAAAGAUUCAUUUCACAAAAAGAGUUUACAAGACAGGAACAUCCUGGAUGCAUUAUCUCACAUCAGUCUGUUCUCAUCCUUGCCACUCAUUGGACAAAAUUGAGGCAUCAUCUGAUGAAUUAGGCAGAAAAAAUUCUGAAAGAAAUUUGUUUCCGGUCUUUUAUUGAUCAAUAUUUCUGGUAUGGGUGUUAAAAUUAUAGAAGACUUUGAUCAAUAAGUAGAAAAAAAGGUUUUGUUUGAAAUGUUCCAGUUCAGGUAGGAGAAAGUAAGGACUGCAGAUGCUGGAGAUCAGAGCUGAAAAAUGUGU